GCAGCAACUGCAAUCCAGCCCACCCAGCCCAGCUGCUUGCAAGCUGCAAUGCACCGGGCAGCUCUCACUGUCUGUGCCUUGGCUCUCCGCUUGAUCUUGGGCGCCCCAGAUCCGCCAUAGCUGCUAGGAAAGCUGGUGGGUGAGGGACCUCCGGAGCGCUUAAAGUUCAAGUUCCUGGUUGUGGCAUGGCGGACCAGCGCUUGGUCGUCUCCUGCCCGUCGGACACAAGCGGGGGCACAGAUGUGCUGACGGUUCUCGGUGGCAAGUCGUCCUGCCGCCGCAAGUUUGCCAUGGCGGUGCACCUAGUGGAUGCGGCAGGGACGCUGGUGCCCCGUGACCUCGUCCUGCACGCCGCCGUGGUGUAUCAUCACGACCACUCUCUUGUGCUGCGUGGGGAGAAAGCAGCGGAGAGUCCAGUGUUUACAACCUUCAAUGGCAUUGAGUAUCCUGCCACCGACAAGCCAACCCGUAUGAUUGCAGGAAGGGCCGCAUUCAAGCUAGCUCUAAGCCUCCUGUCCUCCAAGUGCGACAACAGCCUGUUUGCCAUCCAGUUCAGCGCACAGUACGCUCCAGGGGCGGAGCAGCUGCUGCCGCUGCCGCAGGCUGCGUACUCGGGCCCCAUCCGGAGCAUCUCGCGCAAGAGGAACAGGGUGCCGGGCGCAGGGGGCGGCCACCCAGGCUAUCUGGCGGGCAGCCUUCUUGACGAGCUUCCCAUCCUGAGGUCCCCUGCGUCCGGCUUUGAGCAAGAGCAGAGCUCUUCCCCCAGGAAGAAACUGAAGCCCGAGGAGGAGGACGAGGACGAGGAGGACCCAGAUGUUCCAGGUCAGAGGGGCAGCAGUCCAGCUCUGCCUUUGGAAGGGGCCAGUGCCGCAUCAUCCGGAGGGGCUGACCCUCCAAAGCAGACGCAUGCAGAGGCUCCCAUGUCGAGUGCCCCACCAGCUGCAGGCCAUCCCACAGCCCAGGACAGCAUUCUGGGCGCUCGUUUCCAAGCUCUGCACCCCGCUCCCCUUCACCCUGGCCCUGCCGCUACCCCUACCGGGGACACACCCAGGAGCGCUGGCGGGCCCCCCGUCACCUUUGCAGACCUGGCAUCCAUGCUGACCCAGGCAGGAGCCUUUGCGCCAGCUGCCCUCCGGUUACCAGCAGGAGACCCCAGCUCGCCCUCACUUGGAGCGGGGCCCUCGUCGGGCUCCUUGCCAGGCAUGAGCGGCGAGCGCGACGGCCUGGCGUCCCCCAUGACUCCCUUGACGUUGGACGCCCUGAACCAGGCCAGUGCCAUGGCGGCGGCCGCCAAGAUGGCCGCAGUCAUUGGGAGAGCGCUGGAAGGGGGCGGGCAUGGAGGCGAAGGGGCGAGCGCGGCAGAGAUGGAGCAGCGCAGCCUGGACGAGGAGGAGCGUACCUUGCAGUACAUGGAGGCCAGCCUGGCCGAGGUGACAUUGGAGCUGCUGCGCCGGCGGGAGGAGCUGAGCGUGCGGCGGCGCAGGUACCUGGACCACGAGCAGCGCACGAGCGUGGCCCGCCAGUCGCGCCUCAUGUGGGCGUGUCCGCCCACGGGCCACUGAAGCCUCCACGGUCAGGCUCGCUGUGAGUCGAGUAGCAUCAUCUGGAUCAGAUAUGCAACGGGUUGUUGCACUAUAUGGGAACUAGGACUGACCUCCUUACUAAUCAGGCAGGCGGGCUUCAAGUAAGUUAUUGGUGUCUUGGUACUGGACGGGUUGCAAGCUUUCCAGUAGGUAAAGGUGUGUGUGGGGACACGUGCACUAUGCUAGCAAUGAUCCUAAGACUCAGGUACUAGAAGUGAACCGACCAUCUGGAUUCCUUGACAACUGAGGAAGAAGCAACUCAACAUGCUCCGACUGAGCAUUCUUCUAAAUUACCGUGCACGAAAGCAGAUGACUGCCCCGACUUGGACAGAUUGCAAUACAGACUCGUGCAGUGAAUGGAUAAUACGAUAGUCACUAAGCUUCCGUUGAGGCAGUCACCG